AUUACUUUAACCGGAAUACACCACAUGCAUGGCAAUAUUCGUGUAUACUGGACACUUGAGAUUAAAAAUGAGCACGAGCUGAUCUGAUAACAUGUCUGAUUUAAUAAUUACACCGACGGAAGAUGUAAAGCUUCUGGGCGACUCUCCGGAGCGCAGCAACAUCAGCACUGCUCCGGAGAAUCCGCACUUGCAUUCAGGCAUCGUUAUCGCCACCGUUUACGCGCUCCUCAUCACUGCUGGACUAAUUGGUAACGUGACGCUCAUUAGGACGUUUUGCAUCGUGAAAUCCAUGCGCAAUGUCCCAAAUCUCUUCAUGUCGAGUCUCGCUCUCGGAGACGUGCUGCUGCUGGUCACCUGCGCGCCCGUGGAUGCCAGCAAGUUUCUAGCGGACGAGUGGCUUUUCGGGCGGAUGGGCUGUAAACUCAUCCCGUUCAUCCAGCUGACAUCGGUUGGAGUCUCUGUGUUCACGCUCACAGCGCUGGCAGCGGACAGAUACAAGGCCAUUGUCAAGCCAAUGGAUAUCCAGACCUCUAAAGCCUCGCUGAAGGUCUGCCUUAGGGCUGCAUCAAUCUGGCUGCUCUCCAUGAUCCUGGCCAUUCCUGAGGUGGUGUUUUCUGAUCUACACUCCUUCCACAUCCCAGAAACCAAUGAGACUUUUAAAGCAUGUGCUCCGUACCCUCAUGCCGGAGACAUGCACCCCAAAAUCCAUUCAAUGGCCUCCUUCCUUAUUCUGUACAUCAUUCCUCUCUUCAUUAUUUCUGUGUACUACGUCUUUAUUGCCAGGAGUCUGAUUCUGAGUGCUAUUAACAUGCCUGCGGAGGGAAAUGCACACAUUCGGAGGCAGAUUGAGUCACGGAUACGGCUUGCCAAGACAGUGCUGGUGUUUGUGGGUCUCUUCGCCAUCUGCUGGCUUCCAAACCAUGUGAUUUACCUCUACCGGUCCUACCAUUACACAAAAGUGGACACCUCAAUGGCCCAUUUCAUCUCCAGCGUGUGCGCACGUAUCCUUGCCUUCACCAACUCUUGUGUGAAUCCCUUUGCUCUCUACCUGCUCAGCAAAUCCUUUAGAAAGCAGUUCAACAAGCAACUUUGCUGCUGUUGCCCAUCCAUAUUGAUGCAUUCACAAAGCGCUAGGUGCAACAAUACACGACUGAGUUCAAUCAAAACAAAUCAAACCCAGAACCACUCUGUGGCCAGCUUCAGCCUGGUCAAUGGCAAUGUUGUCUGCCAUUAGAGCUAAACUAGCUCUACUACAGCUACAUCAUAGAAACAGAUCACUCAAAAAUAAAAAUGGGUCGCCGUGAUUUUGCCAAGUAAGACAUAUUCUUGGAUCAACAACUUUUCAUGAUCCUGGAUCAACAUUAUUGUUCAAAAAUAUAGAAUUAACUUAAUUCCUUCCCCCUAAACCUAACCCUACCAAUAAUUUAUUCCUAAAAUCAGAAAUUAUAGCUGAUUAACAAGAGUGUAGAAGCACCUAACCUUGAUUGUAAGCCUAAAACAGAUAUUUCCUGAAAAGUUAUAUCUCUAUUCUGAAUUGGUUGAUUAGAAUGUUGUUCCAGGAUCAACAAGGAUGUUGAUCCAGGAACAUGUUGUGCUUGGUGAAAUCACGCUCACCAUAAAAUGUACGUCUUGUUUAAAAUUCUACAUUUGCAACAGCAUACAGGUUUGUUGAGUAAAUUACAGAAUUUUUUUUUCUUGUUUUGGGUGAACUGUUCUUUCCAAAGUUUAUUUAUUUAUUUUUUUUUUGCCUGUUGAUUAUUGAUGGAUUGGAUUUUGUAGGUUCAAAAACAAACUAUUACUUGAGACUUGAGACUUUUCAGAUCAAACAAUGGAUGAGAGAAACGGUAGACUUGAUCAGAACUCUAGACAUGUUUUAACAUUUUAAAACAUGAAAAUAGCAAAAAAGUAAUUACAUGGUCAAGGACAUCCAUCUAGUGAAUACGAAAAAAAUAAUAAUAUUGUAACUAUUAAGUGAAUUGGUGGUUAAUUUAUAUUAAUCUGAAUUAUCUUAUUCAUAUUUUCUCAUGUACUAAUGAUAUCCAGUUUAUCCAGCGCUAUUUGUUCUCUAUGUUCUUAAGUAAAAGCACAGAUGGGAGGGAAAAUUUAUGUGGGUGGGUGAUUUACUAAAAAUGCACACAUUAAAGAACACAGACACAACCAGAUAAUUUCCAUAAUGACCAGAGCAAUCUACCAAGAGCAGUGUAAAUUGCCGCCUGCACAAAUACCAGUAAACUGACAAACCAAAAAGUUUGUUAAUUGGGUGGCGUGAUUCAUUUUAAUACCCUUCUCCCUUAAAUUUUGUGUCUGAAAUGGAAACUCCUA